CCGGCCAAAAACAACGUACGUAAUUAAAGUUCUGAUCCUUAUAUCUUUCUUCUCUUUAUAUCUUUCGAUUGCUUUCAGUUGGCCCUAGCAUUCUUUUCAUGGAUGCCAUACCUGAUCUAGUUAUCCCUCUCCUCCCUGUCUUCUGCCUCAUCUUCUUCUUCAUAUGGAAAAUACUAUAUAGAAAGAGGCACCAAAGUUGUUACAUUUUGGACUAUCAAUGUUUCAAGCCUUCAGACGACCGAAUGCUCACCACAAAAUUAAGUGGGGAUCUGAUUUGGAGAAACAAGACUCUUGGGCUGACUGAGUUGAAGUUUCUCUUGAAGUCCAUCGUGAACGCGGGCCUUGGCGAGCGAACGUACGGGCCGAGGGUGGUUAUCACCGGGCGGGAAGAGUCCCCGUCCCACGAGGAUGCAAUCUUGGAGAUGGAGGAGUUUUUCUACUAUACCAUAGACAAGAUCUUGAAGAGGCAAUGCAUCUCUCCCUCAGAGAUAGAUGUCUUAGUGGUGAAUAUCUCGAUGUUGGCUACAAUGCCAUCGUUGUCGUCUCGAAUCAUCAACCACUACAAAAUGAGACCGGAUGUUAAGGUUUACAACCUUUCGGGUAUGGGGUGUAGUGCUAGUCUCAUAUCGGUUAAUUUGGUCGAAAACAUCUUCAAAGCUCAAAAGAAUUUGUAUGCCCUUGUCUUGACGUCGGAGUCGUUAACCCCGAAUUAUUAUGCGGGGAAUGAUAGAUCCAUGAUCCUCACCAAUUGUUUGUUUCGGUCGGGUGGAUGUGCUAUACUCUUGACCAACAAGGUGGCUUUGAAGCACAAAGCCAUGUUCAAGUUGAAGUGUCUAGUGCGCACGCACCACGGUGCGAAAGACGAAUCAUACGGUUGUUGCAUACAAAAGGAGGAUGAUCAAGGUCGGGUUGGGUUUUUCUUAGGAAAAACCCUCCCGAGGGCUGCAAGCCAAGCUUUUGAGGACAAUCUUAAAACGAUCGUCCCCAAGAUCUUGCCAAUCACCGAACUCAUUCGCUAUGCAAUAUUGUCAUUCACCCGAAGAAUGGUCCGCUCCUCGUCGAAAGGUGGACCCCACUCGGGGGUCAACUUCAAGACCGGAGUUGACCAUUUCUGCAUUCAUACCGGAGGGAAAGCGGUGAUCAAUGGCAUUGGUCAGAGCCUUAACUUGAGUGAGUAUGACUUGGAGCCCGCGCGGAUGACGCUACAUCGAUUUGGGAACACUUCGGCGGGCAGUCUUUGGUAUGUGUUGUCCUACAUGGAAGCUAAGAAGAGGCUAAGGAGAGGUGAUAAGGUGUUCAUGAUUAGCUUUGGGGCUGGCUUUAAGUGCAAUAGUUGUUUAUGGGAAGUUGUUCGAGAUUUGGAAGACACAAAUGUGUGGGAAGAUUGCAUUAAUAGCUAUCCACCUAAAACCCUAAUCAACCCUUUCAUGGAAACGUUCGGGUGGCUCCAAAAUGAAGAUCCAGCCAGCCACAUUCAGCCUGCCCGAUGACUUUCAUCUCCAUUAUUGAAUAUCCAUUAUUUUUAUUUUUAUUUUCAUUUCUUUUCUGCUUAUAUAUUAUACAUAAUAGGCCACAUAUCAAUUGAUUUUCUCCUACUUCUAUACAUAUAGUGUCGAUGAUACAAUAAUUUGAACUUUUACGUUCUUGUGGAUUCAUUUUGUAAAAUUGUCCUAAACUUUCAUGAGAUCUUGAUGUCAUCUUGUGGUAGACUGGUAGUUAUAUAAAUAAUUAGGACUUUUGGAUUAAAAUUUGAGUACCAUAAUUGCAUGCA